AUGGGACAGAACAAUUGCAAACCCCAGCCCGGGGACCUGAUCGAGAUCGACCGGCCACGUCAUAAGCACUGGGCCCUGUACAUGGAGGAUGGAUAUGUCAUCAAUUUGACACCUGUAGGUAAAAAACAGCUAAAGCUGGGAAUCCACACUGUGCCUGUAUUCAUCAGAAGGGUGAAAAAGCAGCGCCUGGAGGUGGUGCAAAAUAAUACAUGGCGUGUCAAUAACGAGUCUGAUCAGUGCCACCCUCCUCUCACAUUGACAGAGAUCAUUCAUCAUGCUAAAGAUUAUAUUGACAAGGAUUUCACAUAUCGUGUGUUUGGUAGCAACUGUGAGGACUUUGUGAAAAAACUCCGUUAUGGAGAAGGAGUCACAGAGCAGUCGAGGACAUCUGCAGGUUGUGAAAUAACCAUUUGA